AUGGCAAAACGCCCAGCUAACGAGACAGAUGUCAAUGGACAGCCAUUUCAAAAGGCCCCAGCAAGUGGCAAGAAGCGCGAAACCGUGGUCCAGGAUGACAUGGGAGAGUUUGAAGAUGCUUGGGAGGACGAAUUAGAAAGCGACGAGGAAGUUGUGGACGCGAAUGACGAGAAAGACGAAGAUGGAAUGGACGUGGAUGAAGUCCUGCCAGCUAUUGAAGAAUCAGACGAACUUCCCCAGGCUCCUAGAGUUUUCAUUCCAGGAAGGCAUACGCUAGAGAAGGACGAAAUACUCGAACCAGAUGAAUCUGUCUAUAUCAUGCUUCACAAAAUGGGUGUUGCCUGGCCUUGUCUGUCCUUCGAUAUCUUACGGGAUAAUCUGGGCGACGAACGCCAAAGAUUGCCUGCAACCGCGUACGUCGUAGCCGGAACCCAGGCCGAUGUCGCAAAAAAUAACGAAGUCGUGGUCUACAAAGUGAGCUCUCUUCACAGAACGCAGAAGGACGGCAACGAGUCGGAUUCGGACAACGACGAUGACGACAACGACGAUGAUUUGGACGAAGAUGCUGUCAUUGAAUCACGGUCAAUACCUCACGUAGGCGGCGUAAACCGCGUCCGAGCGCAACCCUUGUCAUCUUCCUCUCCAUAUCCUCCGAUUUCUCAGCCCUAUCAUGUUGCGACUUGGGCAGAAACAGGCAAAGUCCAUAUCUGGGACGUCAGACCACUGAUAGAGUCGCUGGACGUUCCUGGUUAUAUUUCUGAUAAAUCACGAUCUCAUACACCCGUCUUCACAAUCAACUCUCACGGACGAGCGGAAGGUUUCGCCAUGGACUGGGCAUCGUCCGGUCCUUCAUCUCUGCGACUGUUAACCGGCGACGUUCAUUCCAAAAUAUACCUGACAACAUCCACACCAUCGGGCUUCAACGCGUUGUCUCCACCAUUCACAUCGCAUACAUCCAGCGUCGAAGAUAUUCAAUGGAGCCCAUCUGAGCCCACAGUCUUUGCUUCUUGCUCGGCAGACUGCAGUAUACAGAUCUGGGAUGUGCGGACGAAAGGUCGAAAAAGCGUCGCUGGGAUUGUCGCGGCGCACGAAAGCGAUGUCAACGUGAUCAGUUGGAAUAAGUCAACAUCUUAUUUGCUUAUCAGUGGGGGAGAUGAGGGUGGAAUCAAAACUUGGGACCUUCGGAGUGUCAAAAAGGCUGGCUCGAAUACACCAGACCCAAGUCCAGUUGCUUCAUUUACAUGGCACAAAGCACCCAUUACCUCGAUUGAAUGGCACCCAACAGAAGAUUCUAUAUUCGCAGCUAGCGGUGCAGACGACCAAGUCACUUUGUGGGAUCUGGCAGUCGAGCAGGACGACGACGAGACGGGGAUGGAUGACACACCAAGUGGCGAAGAAAGUGUACCCCCACAGCUACUCUUCGUGCACCAAGGGCAAAAGGACAUCAAGGAGAUACAUUGGCACCCCCAGAUUCCUGGCACAGUGAUAUCCACUGCGCUAGAUGGAUUCAACGUUUUCAAGACCAUUUCUGUGUAG